GCAGAAAAUAUCCCUGACAUUUGAAGAGCUCCAGGGAUUCCGCGAGCAUGCUCAGUCCUGGCCGACUGCUAGAAAGAGGAAGCUAGUUUACAUAGGAGUCAUACCAAGCAUAGCCUGCAUGUCAGCGCAGUUAACUUGCAGCGGGCUGUGAGGAGAAUUAGCAUGUCUUUGUCCUAGGAAGCUGAGCUCUUCCAGGCCUUACCCUCCCCCAGCGCAAUCUCAGUGGCGACGGUUGGCAUAACCUACUCUCCACUUUCUGCCUCCAGAUUUCGAGCUUCCGAAGGGGGAUCUUAUUUUUUUUUUGCCUCCCGCCCGCCUUUUUUUUUUUUUUACAACCACUCCAUUUUAAUAUACUUUUGUUUUGAUUAGUCGGAGGCUGGGCCUUGAGGCUGGUGGAGCUUGGGAAGGAGCCUGGAGCAUUUAUUUGCCUGUGUUCUCGCUGCUGUUGCGGGGUGAAAGCAAGCAAGCUGGUCUUCUUUGCUAGCCCACUAAAUGCUAUUUAUGAAGAUGGACCUGUUGAAUUACCAGUACUUGGACAAGAUGAACAACAAUAUUGGCAUUCUCCGCCAGUAUGAAGGUGAAGCUGCACUACGAGGAGAGCCCAGGAUGCAGUCUCUCCCCAUAUCUGCUGCUGCGACCAACCAUAGGACUGGGCCACCCCCAAUCAGUCCUUGCAAAAGGAGGUUCAGCAUGGACCAAGGAGAGGAUGAUCUAGACUGCGAAAAGGAACACGUACCUAAAAUGAGUCGAUUAUUCAGUCCUCAUCU